AUGCCUGGAUCGAACGCUGGUGGAAGGCCCGUGGACGCUAUUUGGGAGCAUUUUGAACGACUUCCGAGCAACAAGUCCAAAUGCAGGGUCUGUGGGCAUGAAGCGGCCGCAAAUCCUGAGAGGAUGAAGAAGCAUCAUGCCAAACACGCGGAUUCUGAGAAUCGACCACCGCCCGCAAAGCAGCCCCGAAUCACCGAUUUUACCGUUUCGACGUCCAAAGACGAUAAAAACAAGUUUGAUAUUUUAGUUGGGCGGUUCUUUUUCGAGAACAAUAUCGCAUUCAACAUUGUGGAAUCUACAAGCUUUAAAGAGUUAUGCCAUGCAUUACAUCCAGGGUAUAAGCCACCGAAUCGGAAAAUUCUUGGCAAUGAAAUCCUCGACACCGUGCACACACAGUUGGAAAGCAAGUGUUCAAAGAAACUGAUUGGGAAGGAGGUUACUCUUUGUAUUGACGGAUGGUCGAACACCUGCAACGAUCCUAUUGUGGCAGCUUCGAUCCAGCAUGAAGGAGACGCUUAUAUCAUUGGAUCUCUGGAUACAUCUGGUGAGCCACAUACAGGUGAAUAUUUGGCGGAAGUGACGAUCGAUUUCAUCAAAAAAGCGGAAGAUGCUGAAAAAUAUGGCGCUAAAGUUAUUGCUGUCGUCACGGACAAUGCCGAAAACAUGAACCUAAUGCGUAAAACAAUUGAGGAGAAAAAAGCCGUGAUAACAUACGGCUGUGGAGCGCAUCAGAUGAACUUACUUGCCGGAGACUUGGUACCAACGUCAAUACUCCAUAAAGUAACCGAGGUGGCUAAACUUUUCCGUAACUGCCAUUUACCAAAGGCAUGGCUGGAAGCCGAGGGUUGCCUAAAACCUCCUAUGCCUUCGAGCGUCCGCUGGAACAGCCAUCUCAGUGUUCUACUUUGGUACCAGUCAUCGUGGACUAAAAUAAAGUCAAUUAUACUCCGACAUUCCGAUUAUUUCUCUUCAGGUGCCCCUAAAACGGUAUCGCAACAUAUCAAAAGUUUGGCUCUGUUCCAGCAAGUAGAAGAUUCUGUGAAAUGUUUGAAACCGAUAAAAGAUGCUUUGAAUUGCUUGCAAUCUGACAACAUUUGCGCCGCUGAAGCCGUGGAAGCAUGGAAAGAUAUUUUGGAUGGGUACCGAACUGAAUCAGAGUAUCGAAACUGGCUAGAGGCGGCUGAGAAAAGGUACAACAAAUCGGUGCCGCCAGUUUGGUUUCUUGCCAAUAUUCUACAUCCUCAGUAUGCUGGGAGAAGAUUGACUCCAAAAGAGCUCAAAGAAAAGUAUACCUCUUUGUUGCCAGUCUAUGUUGAUUUCGUAGCGGAGGGUAAAACUGUCUUCAUGGAAAACUGGGCUCCUGCAUCUGGAUGCAAAGUUGAAAACUUCAUCAAGUUGAGCAGAGACGAGCAAGAAAUUAGCCAAGGACUCGCUGAACUGAUGAUCACAAUGCUUAAAUUGAUCCCAAGCACGGCUGGUUUGGAACGGGUUUUCUCAACAAUGGGUUUUGUACACUCGGACUUACGUAAUCGUCUUGGUUCUGAGAAGGUCACAAAACUUGCAUUCUGUUUGCGUUCGCUGAAAUCUCAAGACAAUUGA